UUGUGCUUUCAGGGACUUAGAAGGCAUCAUCUCUACAACAAGACUGCUUGUCAGCCGAAAGAUUCUAAACACAGCGGACAUGGGUGAGCACUUGCUAAAGGAAACCUCUUUUCUUAGUUUACCUCUAACAUCCCUUUGGCGGUUCAGCUCUACAGGAGUUGUGUCUCUUGAAGAAAUUGUAAAAAGCAUUCAUGAUAAAGGAAGUGGUGAAUCAUCUCUCUUGGAAGACCUGAUCCAUAUUGUGCUUCACGGCAAGAAUGAGGAGCCGGGCAUCUCUGUCGUUAGUGAUACAUUGGCUGUACUCAUUGGCAUAGCUUAAGAUCUGGACACCACACAGUAUGAUUCCCUGUGCAGGUAUGCCAGUGCCAUGCUUCACUCACUGACAGAGAAGAUGCUAGACCACAUUCUAGAAUGGGGGAAAAAUGAAGAAAAGACAGGACAACAGAGAGGGAACAGGAGUUUUGAUGACGUCCAAGAUGGCAAAGAAUCCAAUACUGAGGAUGAGGGCGACCAGAAGUCAGUAAUUAAUAUUUAUCAACUCAUGUGCGACAAUCUGAAGGUGACGCCAGAAGGCAUAGAGAGUUACUGCUCAGCCCAACUCCUUCAGGUGUUGACCCAUCGCCCCAACCUGCAGCUCGGCAGGAACACUGGAGAUCAACGCAGGCUAACAGUGUCCUUUCUUCUUUUUUACACAGUUUAAUAGUGGUGCUUGGUCACAGUGCAACAUUGGACACCCUUGAACUGGUUGUGAUGAAUGAAGAGGUCAAUUGGGGCUGCGUUUUGACCCUUGUGGCAACGGCCCUCAACUGCCAUCGUGACACAGUUGGAAUUCUGAAAGGUAUGAUCGAGAAAAACAUCAGGAAGGGAUGUGAAGAGCAAGAGAUGGAGUUGCUUGUCAUCGGCCUUUUGUUUGCGAGACACGCGAGUCAGGAGGGUCGUCACAUCUUCCCCUUAUAUUCUCAAUGGUUCAGCUCUCUCUUUGCGGCUGAGUCUACAAGCCCAGUCACUGAUAAACAGUCGUUUGUGUUCUUUAUACGUUUCCUGACAGACUUAGUACCUCAUGAGCCAGCAUACUGCCUGCGUGCUCACCUUACCAAUCAAAUGUACACACCAAGAGGCUGCCAAGAGAUUUUGCGAGAUUAUUGUCACUUGGCCAGAGCAAGACUUAAAGACCUGAAGGAAACAUUAGACCCAAACACUGCCAUUCAUCAGUCAGAGAAGGAAAAGAGUAAGGUAGCAGAUGAAGUAGAGACAGCAAUCACUCAGUAUGCACAGACUUCAAAAGUACCCAACUUUGUCCUAGAAGCUUCCAUUUUCCGAAAACCAUACUUCCGUUCAUCUUUCCUGCCGACCCUCCUAACCCCCAGGUGAGAGAUGCAGUGAUUCUUUGUUUUUCUCCAUUUCCAAUUAUUCUUCGUUUUCUUUUGUAAUUUUCUUGUAGUAGAUUUGCACAGUAUCUGUAUUUUUUUUCUUUUUAAUAAGAUAAAAUUCUAUAUAUUUUAAUCAUGGUAGGAUUAUAUAUUUGCAAGGCUAGCAGCCAAAAAUUAAUAUAGUUAUAGGGCUUACUGUUAUCAGCUAAGUAUUGAAGCACAUGAUAUACCAUCCUCAUGUGUAGCUC